AUGGCCUUUCGCGCCCCAACCCAGCGCGCCGUAGCCGCCCUGGCCCGCAAGUCCACUGCCACCACAGCGGUGAAGCGAACUCUCUCGUCGCAGGCCACUGCAAGCAGCCUGUCCCAGCCCACGAAAGAUGCCAUUGCGCGCGAGGCGUCCCUGCCGAAUCCGGACCCGGCCGCCGACUCGGCCAGCGCGGCCAUGGUGAAGGAGCACUCGCAGUACAUGCUGGCGACGUACGCGCGGCCGUCGCCCGUGUUUGUCCGCGGCGAGGGCAGUUUCCUGUGGGAUCUCGAGAACCGCAAGUAUCUGGACUUAACGUCCGGUAUCGCGGUGAACGGGCUGGGUCACUGUGACCCGGGCGUUGCGAGGAUUCUUGCGGAUCAGUCAACCACACUCAUGCAUGCGUCGAACUUGUACUACAAUCCCUGGACUGGAGCGCUGUCGCAGCUGCUCGUUGAGAAGACACGCGAGACGGGCGCCAUGCAUGAUGCCGCGACCGUGUUUGUGUGCAACUCGGGCUCUGAGGCCAACGAGGCCGCCCUCAAGUUCGCCCGCAAGGUCGGCAAGCUCCGAGGCGGCGAGGACGGCGCCAAGCACGAGAUUGUCUCCUUCCAGGGCUCCUUCCACGGCCGUACCAUGGGAUCGCUCUCUGCGACGCCCAACCCAAAGUACCAGAAGCCGUUUGCCCCGAUGCUGCCCGGUUUCAAGUACGGCACUUACAACGACGUGGCUGCGAUCAACGACCUUGUCACGGACGCCACGUGCGGUGUGAUCAUUGAACCGAUCCAGGGCGAGGGUGGUGUCAACGUGGCGACGGAUGAGUUCCUCAUUGCUCUGGCCCGGCGGUGCCGGGAGGUCGGUGCCGUGCUCAUCUACGACGAGAUCCAGUGCGGCCUGUCCCGCACCGGUUCCUUCUGGGCCCACGACCACCUCCCUGCCGAGGCGCACCCGGAUGUCAUCACCACUGCCAAGGCCCUGGGCAAUGGCUUCCCCAUUGGCGCGGCCAUUGUCAACGAGUCCGUCAGCGAGGCCAUGAAGGUCGGCGAUCACGGCACCACGUUCGGCGGCAACCCUCUGGCGUGCCGCCUCGCACACUACACCGUCUCGCGACUCGCAGACAAGACGCUGCAGAAGGAGGUUCUUGCCAAGGAGCAGCUCUUCCGGCAGAAGUUUGAGGAGCUGCGCGGCAAAUACCCGGAGCUCAUCACCGAGGUCCGCGGACGGGGACUGAUCCUGGGCAUGCAGCUCACGCAAGACCCGAACCCGAUCGUGCAGGCCGCGCGGGAGCGCGGGCUGCUUGUGAUUACGUGCGGCACCAACACGCUGCGCUUCGUCCCGCCGUUGACCAUCACCGGGGAGGAGAUUGCGCAAGGUCUGGCGGUGCUGGAGGAGGCCAUUGAGGCCACCCGGUGA